CCCUAACCCGUCGCUCUUUCCCACACCACUCUACCCCCCCGCUAUUCGCUCAAAGAGUCCCGCCUAGUACCCACCUCCCGCAAACUCUCUCCGCUCGACCUGACAAUCGAGCCCGCUCCUUCCACCGCAAAUUAGCGAACGACACCAGGUACAAUACGGGAGAGCUCUCGAGGACCGGCACUCGAGAGAAACAAGCCUGGCAAAAUGGUGCACAUGAAUAUCCUCCUGGAGAAAAAAGUCUCUGUCCUCACAAAUGACGGCCGCAUCCUCAUCGGCAAGCUAGUCGCAUGCGACGGCAGCAUGAACCUCGUACUCCAAGAUACGGUGGAGCGCGUGAUUCGACCGGGUGGGGAAGAGAGCUCCGAGGUUCCUAUCGGAGUGUAUAUCGUGCGUGGUGAUACGGUUUGCGUGGUUGGGAGGGUGGAUGAAGAAUUGGAUGCUCAGAUCGACUGGACCAAGGUGCAUGGAGAUGCUAUUGGUGGGACGUAUCAUACGUGAGGGUGGGUUGAGUGAGUGGCUGGGAUUCAGUGCAUGGGCGGUAUACGGCGGGUAAUGCGUGAUGGAUUCUUUCGGGGGGCAUGGCAAUGGGGUUAAGGCGGCAUAUCUAACCGUCUACCACAAGAACCAGCCAAAGAAUUCUUUCUGGCCGGAGAUGAAAAGGGAGGAUGAGCUCCUCAUAAACCCCCUAUACUGCCAACAGAACGGAACAGAGGCAGCUGUGAAUGAUACCCUUGGCUGGACGCCACAAUUCUGAAGAAUACUGGAGUAUGGGAAUAUUUAUACACACUUUACAUGAGCAUGAGGUAGAAAGACAUGUGACCCUAUAUUAGGGGCAGUAGUAACCAGUAGGAUGGAGUUGCUGAUGCUCCCCCCUUCGUUUUUCUAUCGAUCAACGCCCCUCUGCCUUGUGAUUGACUAAUUC